AUCUUGUUCUCGCGUUAUUUCCGCAGAGGGUGGCGGAAGGAACAGUAUGGCAGCCGUGGUCUUGACGCACUGUUGGAAAGGACUUUCUCAGACUUUAAGUUAUGGAAGAGUUACAGCUUAUUCGCCGCUAUGUUUUGGGGGGCUUAGACAUAAAUCUACACUACAAUAUGCUUCACGUCCAGACCUACCAAAGCUAGCCUAUAGAAAGACAAAGGGGAAAAGCCCUGGUGUUGUUUUCCUGCCUGGCUAUGCCUCCAAUAUGAGUGGACAGAAGGCAGAGGCCUUGGAGGAGUUCUGCCAGUCUUUAGGCCACUCGUACUUAAGGUUUGACUAUACAGGCUGCGGACAAUCAGAAGGGGUUUUUGCAGAUUGCACAGUAGGAAGCUGGAAGAAAGAUGUUCUCUAUAUGCUGGAUGAAAUCGCUGAUGGCCCACAGAUUCUGGUUGGUUCCAGUAUGGGCGGCUGGAUGAUGCUUCUGGCUGCCAUCGCUCGACCCGAGAAGACGAAAGCCCUGGUUGGCAUCGCCACAGCAGCCGAUUACCUGGUCAAUGCAUUCAAGACACUUCCAAUAGAGGUGCGUAAGGAGUGCGAGGACAAAGGCGAGUGGCACAUCCCAAGCAAGCACAGCGAGGAUGGCGCCUACCGGCUGACCAUGGAUUUCCUGCAGGAGGCAGAGAACCACUGCGUGCUGCAGAGUCCGAUCCCGAUCACCUGUCCCGUGCGCCUCAUCCACGGGCUGAAGGACGAGGACGUGCCCUGGCACAUCUCCAUGCAGGUGGCUGAGCGCGCGCUCAGCCCUGACGUGGAUGUCAUCCUGCGCCGGCACGGCCAGCACCGCAUGGCGGAGAAGGACGACAUCAAGCUAAUGGUGUACACCAUCGAUGACCUCAUAGACAAGCUAACAACCCUGGUGUGAGAGGGAGACAAAAAGGAAAAGAGAGAGAGAGAAAGGGAGAAAAUAAGAGGAAAAAAUAGGAAUUGGACCUGGCCACUGGCCAUCACAAUGACCAGUCCCUUAGAUGCCAAAUUACCUCCUCCCCCCCCCCCCCCCCCCCCCCCCUUUCCCUACCCCCUUUUUCCCAGCCAGGACCUUUUCCCCCAGCAUGCCAGUAUAACAAACAAUCCAGAGGUUGUGGGGAGGGGGGGUGGUUCAUAAGGGAUUAACUCCAUCUUUGGAGAAUGGCGAUCCCUUUACAAUCUACACCACCCCCACCACCCACGCUCCUUCCGUGCCUUUCAGAGUACAGUUUUACUCGUUUGAAGUUUACCUUGUACAGCACUAUGAAGCCUAGUGUGUUUUUAUCCCCCAGGGUCCUGCUGCCUCUGACUCUGUUACCCUAGGUCUACUGUGCCUUUUUUUUUUACCACACCUCACACUAUGUUCUAGGCACUAAUAAAGCCUCUGUCUACUAAGA